AUUAAUAUUGUUUUCGGCUUUAUUAGGACACAAAAUUAUUAUCCGAGGAUGUUCUACUUCUGAAGCAACGCCGAGCCACACAGCAAUGUGACGUUUUCAUUUGCACAUGCUUCCUAUUCUAUAUUUACAUCAGCCACUGCUUCUCACCCAUUCCGCUUGUUCCAGACUUCUAUUAUCGUACAUACUGAACCAAAACAAACGAGUGAUGAUAUGCUUCCAUUAGUUUACGCGCCCGGCAAUCGAGUGGAGUGUGUGAUAAGUGUUGCGAAUGAUAGUACUUCGAACUGUUUCUGUUCAAACCGUUAUUGUUUGAUCACAUUAUACUGUGUUCCUGAAUCCUGAUAGUCACGAGUACCGUGUUCGGUGCAAAAGUAGAGCACGUGCAUCAACCAAAUAUCUACAAUAUCAUGCCACCUCAACUGCCACAAUUGCCACAGUUGCCGCAGCUUCCCCAAAUUCCCCUUCAGGUCCCACCAGCUCCUAUAGCUCCACCAGAUGCAACCACGACUCCUUUACCCCUGACCAAGGCCCAGCGACGCAUGCUGGGGGAAAGUGAAGCUGCCCGAGCUAAGCGAUUGGCCAAAAACGCCGAAAGGAUGCGACAAAAGCGAGCUACCGAAACGUAUGAAGAAUACAAGAUACGGUUAGCCAAGAAUGCCGAAGCAAACCGUAGACGACGACAAAAUGAAUCAGAAGCGGAGCGUGCCUUGCGUCAUAUGCGGAAUGCGAUGAGACAGAGACUGAGGAGGGCUAUGGAGACCCCCGAGCAAAAGGCUAUCCGAAAAGCCAAACUAGCUCAAAGGAUGCGAGAGAUAAGGGCAACCGAGACUUCUGAUCAAAGAAAGAUAAGGCUUGAAAAAGCUGCUGCACGAGCUCGCCACAAGUUCUUGACAGAAAGCUCCGAGGAAAGAAUGGAAAGAAACCGAAAAAAGGCAGAAUAUGCGCGUCUAUUCCGUAAUAACAAACAGCAGAAUCAAACUCAAGAGCAAGUACAAGAUUUGGCGCCUGUAAAAAAUCCUACAAACCCGAAUGAGAUCAAAGAUGAACAACCACCCCCACCACCUAACACAAACAACACGGCGCAUCAGAAUCCGAUCGUUCCUCAGAAUCCCGAAGCCGCGCCGCCAAUAUGCCGAGAUCAACCUUAUCCUCCGGUGGCGAAAAACUAUCCCAUCAAUUAUCACGAGUUCGGUGCGGCGUUUCCCACGUUCUUCAACUAUCCUCAUCUGAAGAACGGCCAACAGAGCUCGUACAGCCCGGUGUAUCCCUCGCAAAACUACUACCAGGACCUGUCCGUACCGUCACAUUAUGCCAAAAACGAUCGGGGAACGUUUCCGGCUUUGCAAAAACCACCGGAAUGUGUGCAACCUCUUUCACAUCAGAACCAUCUGAAGGAGACUACACAAAAGAACUGAUCUGAUUUCACAAUGCCAUCAACUAUUACCACGCUACAUACUUAUGAUACUGUAUAUUCCGCUGAUUCUGUAGAAUGGUGCCCUCACAAUCCGUACCAGCAGUUGUUUGUCUGCGGUACAUAUCAAUUAGACGACAAAGAAG